AGAGAGAGGGGCUGUGGUCAGUCUGAUCGUUGCUCCUCGCCCUAGGUGAUGCCUGAGAAUAAAAGCAUGAAACUGGACACAGAGCCGCGCUCUCAGAGCUCCGCCCCUGAAUAACAUCACCACCAUCAUCAUCAUCAUCAUCGGAGUCGGAGAGGAAUAACUGGAGGGCACGAGAGAGGACGCACGCGGACUGUCAACCUGCUGCACGCGUCGCGUUCAUCCGUCACCUCUGAAUGCUAAUAUGAGGAAGCCUCUGGUGUGCUGAAGGACAUCUGGAUUUACCGUACAAGUAGCGUUCUCAGCAUGCGCUAAGCCCAACUGUAGCGUAACAAGAGAGCGUUGAAGCAGAGAGAACGGCCAUGGCCUCUGACACCCAGCGCCAUCCGAUUGUCUGCGUCCGCCGGCGCUCCUGGAAGAAACUCAGGCCUGCUCGGGUGUUUGGCUUCCUCGUUAGUCUCAUAGCAAUAAGUGCAGUGGCCCUGUCAUGGCGCUCUACUGCUCAGUGGGAGGAGCUACAGAGCCACGCCCCGCACAGGACACUGCUCUCCACAUACCUGAGUUACCACAGUAACCUCUCGGAGGACACGCCCAUAGCCAUGCGCUCGUCCGCAGAGUCAAACGAGAGUCAGGGGGACUAUCCGACGGAUCUGUUCAGUUUGGAAGACCGUAGGCGAGGUGCUGUCGUGUUGCACAUGUUUGGCAUGAUCUAUAUGUUCAUCGCUCUCGCCAUCGUCUGUGAUGAGUUUUUCGUCCCCGCGCUCACAGUCAUCACGGAGAAACUCACGAUCUCUGAUGAUGUGGCAGGAGCCACCUUCAUGGCAGCCGGGGGCUCGGCUCCUGAGCUCUUCACCUCCGUCAUCGGCGUAUUCAUUUCCCACAGUAACGUGGGCAUCGGAACCAUCGUCGGCUCCGCUGUGUUCAACAUCUUGUUCGUUAUAGGAAUGUGUGCCGUCUUCUCCAAAGAGAUCCUGAACCUGACGUGGUGGCCUCUGUUUAGGGACGUCUUCUUCUACAUCGUCGACCUCAUCAUGCUCAUCGUCUUCUUCCUGGAUAACUACAUCACGCACUGGGAGAGUAUCAGUCUCCUGCUGGCCUACGCCUCGUAUGUGCUCUUCAUGAAGUUCAAUGGGAAUGUAGAGACUUUCGUCAAAGGCAUCAUGAACAGAAACCAGGUGGUGGAAGUGGAGGCCCAACCAAAGUUGAGCCCUACUGCAGUGGAGGAUGACAGCAAGCUGUCGGCCAAACCCCGCCUGCAGAGAGGAGGAAGCUCCGCCUCUUUACACAACAGCCUAAUGAGGAACAGCAUCUUUCAUCUGAUGAUCCACACACUCGACCCUCUCAGUGAAGAAUUCGCUGACUCUGAGCUGGGGACUUAUGGCAAGCUAAAAUAUUAUCACUCAAUGACCGAGGAAGGAAAAUUUCGCGAGAAGGCAUCCAUCCUUCACAAAAUUGCCAAAAAGAAAUGCCAGGUGGAGGACUCAAAUGGAGUUGCUGAUAAAAAUCUGCCGAACAGCUCAAAUGUCGAGGUGGACGUGACUCCACCGAUGAACGGCACCGCUGGACAGGAUGGAGAUGCGGCUGAAGAGGACGACGAGGAAGAUCAGCCUCUGAGCCUGUCGUGGCCCGAGUCCAAACGCAAGCGCUUCACGUAUCUCCUCAUCCUGCCCAUAGUCUUCCCUCUGUGGAUCACGCUGCCCGACGUCCGCAAGACCAGCUCCAAGAAGUUUUUUCCCAUUACGUUCCUGGGAGCGAUUUGCUGGAUCGCGGGAUUCUCCUACCUGAUGGUGUGGUGGGCUCAUCAGGUUGGAGAGACUAUAGGCAUCACAGAGGAGAUCAUGGGACUGACGAUUCUAGCGGCGGGAACCUCCAUCCCUGAUCUGAUCACCAGUGUCAUCGUGGCCCGGAAGGGUCUGGGAGACAUGGCGGUGUCCAGCUCCGUGGGCUCCAACAUAUUCGACAUUACUGUGGGGUUACCGCUCCCAUGGCUGCUGUACUCCAUUAUCAACAACAUGAGCCCGGUUCGGGUGAGUAGUAACGGUCUGUUCUGCGCCAUCGUGCUGCUCUUCCUCAUGCUCCUCUUCGUCAUCAUCUCCAUCGCCGCCUGUAAGUGGAAGAUGAGCAAACUGCUGGGCUUCAUCAUGUUCCUUCUCUAUAUCGUCUUCCUGGUGGUCAGCGUCCUGUUGGAGGACAAGGUCAUCGUCUGCCCCAUCUCCAUCUGAUGAAGCUAAAAGCACGUUCCUGCUGACUUUACCUCACCUCUGCAGACGGUUCCCAGCCUCCUUCACACUUUGGGGGUUUCACACACUCAAAAACACUCUUUAAAAUUAACAUUUGUCUUGCGUUCCAAUAAAAUAAUAUCUAAACAUCCUUAAAAAGAACUGUGCACUUAAGAAACAAAACUCUUUUCUUUUUGUUAAUGUUAAGCUCAAACUUCACUGCAUACACUUUUCUUAAAACAAAAAUGAUUUGGAACUAAUUCAUUAUAAUCAAAAUGAUUCUCUUACUUAGUUUUUUUUGUCUUGUGUUCCCGUGCAAGUAUCGGAGCAUUCUUAAAUUUAUCGCGAGUGGACAUUUCUAUAAAAGAAAAUUAUGUGAGAUAAUGAGUCUUACUUUCUUGAAUGAAUGAAUUUGAGUUUGAAUGCCAGUGGUAUAAUUGAGAAACUAUUAUCGUUUUUAUUCACAUUUUGAAUCUGUUCUUUUAUUUAUUUAUUUAUUUUUUGUCCACAAGUUUGAGUUAUUUUCAUACAUAAAAAUGAGAAACGUUGCCUUGCCAACUAGCCAAACUAAAAAGCUUGUAUAUUUUAUUUAACUGUUAUUUUAUGUCAAGUAAAAGAAAUGUUAUAAGCAGUAAAUUGGGUAAGAAAAACAUUGAUUGAUUUAUUAUGUAAUCAAAUUUAUUAAUUAAAUUCAUUUAUUUUUAUUUGGCUACCGAUUCCUUGAUUCUGUGAACUUUUUUAAAUAUCUUUUUU